GCUUUUUUUAUUUUCUCGUUGUCAACAGUAAUGAACUUUGCUAGACACACAUAUAUAUGAUCAUACAUGUAUAUAUAUCACCAUACUCAUCAGGUCAAAACCAUAAAUGAAUGAAUCCUUCAACAAUGGAAUUACUCGUCAACAACAACACUUGGCCAUCAUCACCAGGUUCCCCUUCUUCCAUUUAUGAAGCAAGAAAAUUACCUAACAAAUAUACUUUUACUCUAACAACACGUAUUUAUCUCUUAUUGUCUUUUUUAUUUUCACUUGUCACUAUUGUCUUUAUGGUGGAUUCCUUUUUACAUGAACAACAUGAUGCCAAAGGUUGCCAAGUCCCAUACAUGAGACCAAGAUAUGUGAAACAGACCGACUUUGAUAGUGAAAAGACACGCUUCGCUGGAAAAUAUGGCCUUUACUUGUAUCGAGAACUAGAUGUAGAUAUAUCUGAUGAAGUAACAGGAACACCAGUACUCUUUAUACCUGGGCAUGCUGGUAGUUAUAAACAAGUACGAACAAUCGCUGCUGAAGCUGCCUAUCAAUAUUAUCAACGAAAAGGAUCUUUAUCACAUAAUGGUGCUGCCAAUUUGGAUGUGUUUACAGUUGAUUUUCAUGAAGAAUUCUCUGCUCUUCAUGGUCAAUCCUUAUUGGAACAAGCUGAAUAUAUCAACGAUGCCAUUGAUUUUAUACUAAAACUAUACCCACAAACUAGAAGACAUGACAAUGAUAGAAAGUUGAAUAACCAACCCGAUCCGUCCUCCAUUAUUCUUAUUGGUCAUUCCAUGGGCGGCAUUGUAGCUCGAACAACAUUUACAUUACCAAACUAUCAGCCUGGCUCUAUUCAUAAUGUCAUCACCCUUUCCACUCCUCACCUACUUCCGCCUGCUCCGUUUGAUUGGCAAAUUUCGGCUAUUUAUGACAGAAUUGAUGCUUAUUGGCGUCAUGGAUAUGAUUCUUCUCAACAAUACAAAUUCUCACUCCAAGAUGUGAUGUUAAUCUCCAUUGCUGGCGGUACGCUCGACAACACUAUUUGUUCUGACUCAACCAAUGUAGGUGAUUUGAUUCCUUCAACACAUGGAUUCACUGUUUUUUCUACGGCUAUUCCUCAUGUAUGGUCAGCUGCGGAUCAUAACGAAAUCUUGGCCUGUCAUCAACUCGAAAAGAUAUUGGCAAAAAGUGUAUUAGACAUCAUUGAUACUCGACGCGGAUCUCAAACAAAACCUUUAGUGGAUAGAAUGUCAAUUAUGCAACGUGCCUUUUUGAGUGGACUUGAAGAUAGACGAGGUGAUGGUUCAGAUUUGCAUUUGGGUAAUUGGACAUUUAUGUCAUUGGACAAAUGCACUCUAUUGGAUCGUAACGAUUACUUGAAUAUCGACUCAACUACUCUCCCACGAAUGGCAUUGGUACCUAUCCAUUCAACUUUUGAUGCUUUGACUUUAUUGACUGAUCAAAUGGAAAGAUAUGGAUUAUUACUUUGUCGUCAUGAACAAAAUAGGAUGAUUGGAUGUCGGUCUGUGGAUAUUCUUGUACCUGUACCAUCUUCAAAUGAUCGUGAUACAUAUCCAUUCUCUGGCAAUGAAUUUGGUUUUGCAAGUAUUUCUAUGAAUGAGACAAUUGGCUAUGAUUAUCUGGGAAUUAUGGAUCACUACUAUCAACAGCAACAACACUCAGCUACACAAAAGCAAAAUUUUUUACUGGUAGGUACUAUGUCGAUAGGUCAAAACACUCAGGUCAUCAAAAAAUCCAUGUUAGGUAUUGCUUGGAAUGGGAUACAAGUGACUCUCCAACCUUCUCUGUUUUCCACAGUUCAUAUUCCAACGAUUGAAAAUCCCAUGUUGGCGUAUCAUCUUAAGAUCACAAGUUCUCCUUGCUCCUCUGGAGGAAUACGCCGAUUCUCACCUUUUUUACGCCAAUCCAUCACCACCAUGUACGAAUCAAAAUUCUAUGUAGAUUUAGCUUCAGGAAAGAAAAGUGACAAUCAGAACGACCAAGAGGAAAUGACAACACAUAUCUCAAUUCAUGGACGAGCAGCUUUUUCAUCUAUUUCCAUCAACACACCAGAUAAGUCAACAACUGGGCAUGAAGGAUUAUUGAUGCAAUUUUGGAUGGAUCCUCUCUGUGAUGAACCUCUUCGUUUUGAUCUCACUAUUGAUUGGUAUGCUACUAUGGGACGAGUUGGAUUUCGUAAUGGUAUGAUGCUAUUGACAUUCUCUUUUAUUGUCGUUAUGUUGGUUUUUGUUGGUCAAUUACAAUGUUACAAUCGUACUGGUAUCUUCCCUAGUUUUACUGAAGGCUUAAUCUACUGUUAUCAUUACACAUUUCCAUGGAUUCUUGCUCUGGUUUCGUUGGCCAGUAUUUAUCAAUGCAAUAGACAUCAAACCUAUUUUUCUUGGAUCUCUUGGCCUGAUAUAUUGACUGGAAAUAUGGAUGGCUUCUUUUGGUGGAUUCCAGCCUUGGGAUUGAUAGUUAGUAUUGGAAUGAUCAGUGGUAUUUCCAUGGUGAUGGAUGCAAGUUUACGAUGGUGUUCUUCUGCUACAAUUUUUUUUCCUUCUUGGACGACUUCAUCAUCAUCAUCGUGGAUAAGCGGUGAAUCUCAACGAAUCCAACGACGUGUGAUUGUUACUCUAAUCUUAUUUGUCCUUGUAGCUACGGUGAUUCCUUAUCAGUUUGUCUUUGUUCUCGGAUUCCUUGUUCACAUUGUCACCUGUAUUAGAACAUUACGACUAUCUCGGAGCAAGUCACCUUUGCGUCGUCUGGAUCAGAUGCGAACAAAUAGAUACCAUUAUAUGCAAACGAUCUUGUUAUUACUAUUGACAUUAUUACCAUUCAAUCUUCCUAUUCUUGUGGUAUGGAUUCGUAACUUAUCCGUUUAUUGGUUGACACCCUUUAGUUCAGACCAUAAUGUAUUUGCCAUCGCUCCCUUUUUGAUUCAUGUAGAAAUGUUGACAACUAGUAUGAAAAUAAUACCUCGACACCAACCUACUAGUGGGGAUAAACAAGAUAACAACAAUGCUGGUAAUAGUGGACGAUGGAUGGCUUGGACAACAUAUGGAUUGAUGUAUGGGAUCAUUGUUUAUGCUUUUUUAUACGGUGUGAAAUACCCUCAUUCUAUCUACUUUUUAUCCAAUAACAUGGUUCUUUGGUUACUCUUCCUUCAAUUUUGGUCAUCUCGUUAUAGUUAUUCAACUUUUACUACUCUUCUUCAUUUUUUUACUACCAACAAACGUCGACGACCCUCAUGAUUCUAGAC